UUAAUUAAGGAAACCUUGUGUUUAACACAAUAGAUUGUUGUCGUAUUAUGAUAUACCUUUCAUUGCGCCGAAUGUUAUUUUUACUAUCAGAGUUUCAUAACCAUUUUUACACUACGUUUGGACGGUAAUUUCUUGUUCAUUUAAGUAUUAGUCGACAAACCGUCAUUUUGUACAAUACAUUUCGAAUAAAACGUAUUUAUUUUAUUAAAUCGUGUUUAUUGUUCAUCGCACAGAAGAAAAUGAGUAUAAAGGAAUUCUUUAAAGGGCGUAAUGUCUUGGUAACCGGUGCAACCGGAUUUAUGGGCAAAGUUUUAAUUGAGAAACUAGUUCGGUCCUGUCCAGAUAUCGGUAAAAUUUGUUUGUUGAUACGACAUAAAAAAGGAAAAGAUUCAGAUUCCAGAAUCAAAGAAAUUUUGGACGUUAAACUAUUCGAUACAAUUAAAGAACAAAAGCCUGGUUUGAUGGAGGAAAAACUGUUCCCCGUACUAGGUGACAUGACCGAACUACGACUUGGGUUAUCGGACGAGGAUUACAAUUUUUUGGUAGAAAAUGUUUCGAUCGUGUUCCACGUUGCUGCCAGUGUCCGUUUUGAUGAGCCGAUACGUGAUGCAACGAUCAUGAAUGUGAGGGGAACACGUGAAGUUGUGCAAUUGGCUAAACAAAUGAAACAUUUAAAAGUAUUGUUGCAUGUGUCGACUGCGUAUUGUAACUGUAUAAGAGAACAUGUCGAGGAAAAAGUCUACGAAUCACCAAUUGGUUGGCGAGAAGCAAUCUCUAUCGUUGAAAAUCUAGAUCCAACUAUGAGCAGUAUUUUAACAAAAAAGUUUUUAGGAUCGUUUCCAAAUACAUACACGCUAACGAAAUUACUCGCUGAACAAAUAAUUAACGAAGAACGGAAUAACAUACCGGUAGUAAUAUUCAGACCAUCAAUUGUCAUAUCAUCAUUAAAUGACCCUGUCAAAGGAUGGAUUGAUAAUUUCAAUGGACCAAUAGGACUUAUGAUGGCAUGUGGUAAAGGAAUCGUACGAAUAACAUACGGCGAAAAAUCGAUAAUUCCCGAUUACAUGGCCGUUGAUGUGUCUAUAAAAUCAAUGAUCGUAGCUGCUUGGCACAAAUCAAAAUCAAAUUCGUUAGGGGAGGAUAAUCUUGUCCCUGUUUACAACAGUGCAUCUGUAUCAAAAUCUGUAUCGAACGAAGAACUAUUACAUUUAGGCAUGAAAACUAUUGAACAAUACCCAUUCGAUGAAAUGUUGUGGCGUCCGACGAUUAAGUUUACAACCUGCUUUUACUACUUUUACUUAUCCACACUAAUUGAGCAAGUUUUUCCAGCAAUAUUUUUUGAUGCACUCUUGGACCUGAUUGGGAAACCACACAAACGCUUGUUACCUUUACAACAAAAAAUCUAUGUAGUAACUAUGGCUUUAUCUUACUUCACUACAAAAACUUGGAAAUUUGACAACUCAAACUUUUUGGGAUUAAUUGAUAAGAUACCAGACGUUGAUCGCAAAGAGUUUGACUAUGAUUUCAAAGAUGUAGACAUCACCGAUUUUAUAAGAAAUGCGGCAAUCGGCUCUCAAAAAUAUCUGUUUAAUGUUGACGAAACAAAACUACCAUACGCAAAAAAGCUAUAUAACCGAUUCGUAUGGAUGGACAGAUUACUAAAAACAUUUGGUGCAAUAUUAAUGGUAUUCAUUUUAUUUCAUUUUAAUAUUAUACCAAACGCAUUCCUUCACGACAUAUUUUGUUAUUUUUAGUUAAUUA